UGCUCUACAGUACUUCCGGCCCCCUUCUCUCUUUCUCUCCGUGCCUCUCUUCCCGGCUUGGCGGCCGCGGGUUGCGGCGGUGAGGAAGCAAGAUGGCGGCGGCGGGCGGUGAUUGCGACGUGAUCAUGUCUCCCGCGGCGGCCUCCGUGCCGCGCCCCGAAGCGCCGGGAAUGUUCAGCGGCGAGGACGAGGACGCGGGCACGCGCAGAGAGGCAGAGUCCUUCAAGGAGCAGGGAAAUGCCUUUUACGCCAAGAAAGACUACAAUGAAGCAUAUAACUAUUAUACAAAAGCCAUAGAUACAUGUCCCAGCAAUGCCAGUUACUAUGGAAACCGAGCAGCCACUCUGAUGAUGCUGGGCAAAUUCCGGGAGGCACUUGGGGACGCACAGCAGUCUAUCAGGCUGGACGAUAGCUUUUUGAGGGGACACCUUCGGGAGGGCAAGUGCCACCUCUGUCUGGGCAAUGCCAUGGCUGCCAGCCGCUGCUUCCAACGAGUUCUAGAACUGGAUCACAAAAAUGCACAAGCACAGCAAGAGUUGGACAACGCCAGAACUGUCCUGGAGUAUGAGAAAAUUGCAGAAGUGGACUUUGAGAAGCGAGAUUUCCGGAAGGUGGUCUUCUGCAUGGAUCGUGCACUAGAGUUCGCCCCUGCCUGUCAUCGGUUCAAAAUCCUUAAAGCAGAAUGUUUAGCGUUACUUGGUCGCUACCCUGAAGCACAGUCAGUUGCAAGUGACAUCUUGCGAAUAGACUCCACAAAUGCCGAUGCCCUCUACGUCCGAGGGCUCUGCCUUUACUACGAGGACUGCAUUGAGAAGGCGGUGCAGUUCUUUGUCCAGGCCCUUCGGAUGGCUCCAGACCACGAGAAGGCCUGUAUUGCCUGCCGCAACGCCAAAGCGCUGAAAGCAAAGAAGGAUGAUGGCAACAAGGCCUUCAAGGAAGGGAAUUACAAGCUAGCUUUUGACCUUUAUACAGAGGCUCUGGCAAUAGAUCCAAACAACAGAAAAACCAACGCCAAACUCUACUGCAACCGGGGGACAGUGAACUCCAAAUUUGCCUUACAGCUUAGGAAGCUAGAUGAAGCAAUCGACGACUGCACAAAUGCCAUCCGACUGGACGACACAUACAUCAAAGCCUACCUGAGGAGAGCACAGUGUUACAAGGACACAGAGCAAUUUGAAGAUGCUGUCAGGGAUUAUGAAAAGGUUUACCAGACCGAGAAGACAAAAGAACACAAGCAGCUCCUCAAGAAUGCACAGAUGGAACUAAAGAAAAGCAAAAGGAAAGAUUAUUACAAGAUUCUGGGCGUGGAUAAGAAUGCCUCUGAAGACGAGAUCAAGAAGGCAUAUAGGAAGCGGGCCCUGAUGCAUCACCCAGAUCGGCACAGCAGCGCAAGUGCUGAAAUCCAGAAGGAGGAGGAGAAGAAGUUCAAGGAGGUUGGCGAAGCGUUCACCAUCCUCUCUGAUCCAAAGAAAAAAGCUCGCUAUGACAGUGGGCAAGAUCUUGAGGAAGAUGGCAUGAAUAUGGGAGAUUUUGAUGCUAACAAUAUCUUCAAGGCUUUCUUUGGAGGACCAGGAGGCUUUAGUUUUGAAGCUUCCGGACCAGGGAAUUUCUUUUUCCAGUUUGGCUAAACCACUGAAGAGGCCAACCUCCCUUUGUAAAGCCCACGUUACCUGACCUGCUUCUUUUAACCUCAACUUACGUUUGCCCUUCAUCGCAUCUCGCCGUUCCUUAGGGCCGUGGUGUUUUCACCGUUGGAGACCUCAGGUUUUUUGUGUGUGCUUUAGAGUGUGAUGAGAAAAACCGGCUCUUGGAGAAAGAGAAGGGAAGCGGGCAGUAAAAGAGGAAUAUGCUUCCUUUUUUGUUGUUUGUUUAAUUGUUUAAUUUUAUUAAAAAAAAUAGCAAAACAAAAUCUUUUGGGUCCUCCAUGAAAAUAACUUUACACUCCAAAUCACCAGGAUUUAACUGGGGGAACCCUCAUCUUCUGAGACAGGGCUACAGUUUUCCUUAUGUGCCACUCGGCUGGGACAGUGCUUCUAUGUUUACACAAGUAAGGGGAACCUCAUUAGCUUUUCCCCUUUGUUUUUCAUCAACCCAGCAGUAGCCAAACCAAACCACAUACACCAGGACAUUUGCUCAUUUGAGAAAUCCAGGCAAAGAACAAACUUUGUGGCCCACCUCUUGGAGAAUUUCACCUUUGUGAACACGAAAGGACUCCUCUUCUCUGCAACCAUAAACCUUCAAAAAUGCUCCUCUACUUCAGUUCCCCACUGGCAACAGUUUCUUGGGGGUUUUGUUUGCGUUUUUUUUUUUAAAAAGCAUUUCAAUGGGUUAGUAAGGAUUAAUUCACACACGCAGGUUUGCCAUUUGAUGGCUCCCAGCUCAACACAACAGCUGCAUCCUGGAAAAAGAAUAGGGUUUCUCUGGUGAUGGUGAUAUGAACAUUUGUGUUCACUUGGAUCUGCAACAGCUGUUUUACACCGGCAGGUCUUUGCCGGCUGUCACAGCCACUGUUCCUUGACACACACAUGUAAAUUCACCCUAACUGCUGGACUCAUCCUGUUUACAAACUAGGGUCUCAAAAAGGCAGUUUUUGUGGGGAAGAUUGACUGUUUUCUGCCUCUUAAAAAAUACCAAAAAUUACAGUGUCUGCCAGGUGGUCCGUUUUAUAGCAUGCUUCAGAAGUGAUUUACAGACUUCCAGUUAUAAAUCUGUGUGAUGAAAGUGAAGUUUUAAAACUUCUGGAUACGCUUUUGUGCUUGUCGAGCUUUAGAUUGUGGCCAGCAGUAAAUUGCUUGUCCUGAUCUUUUCCCAGAGGUUGUCUGAAAAGGAAUUUGCUGUUGAAAAAGUAGUCCCCCGAGCUUACCAGCUGCUGUGGUGCUUUACCUCUCUCUAGUGCUGAUCUUCACAUGCGUAUGUUGGCCUCACCCAAAACAGCUGCUUCUGCACUAUCCCGUUUGCUGCAAAAAUAGAUUGCUAUUUUUGUCAGAGUGGCCAGCUGACCGAUGUCACCUUUUACUCUCUUCCCCCCUCAUUUGCUAGCCAUUUUCACAUGUGCUUGCAGUGUUCACUAUACUAUGAACUCGAUCAUCAAUCUGAAUUAUCAUCAGAUGUCAAGACCCAGUUUGACAUUCUGGCUCAGUGCAAAGCAGCUGAAGAAAAAGAAGAUACCAUGAUAGAUUUCGGACAGCUUUGGGCAACUUGCUGCCUGGCACUGGUCACCUAAUGAACGGACCUUUGGUUUCUCACUUAUUUUUGUGAAACGCGUCUCCCUCUUUUUGCCUUGUCCCUGGCCAAGGUUCCGCUGAAUGUAGGUGGCCUAGAAAACUGCAAAAAAGGUUUGUGUGUUUGACCAACCAUGUAUGUGAGGUCUUUUGGGAGCUACUUCCCCAUGCAGUCUGCAGAAUCCUGUUCAUGGACAUUUUCAUCCCUCGUCCAACCUUUUAGGAGAUGUACAGGUGGGAGCCUGAGAGUUCUGUACUUCUUUCCUAGCUAUUCCAUUGUGGUUUCUGGGUUGGUGAAGAAAGAGUUAAAGGUGGGUUUGACUUUUCCCCUUUCCUACCUCCAAGAGCAGCCCAAGGAAGCUGGCGUAGGGGCACAAGUUCAGCCAAUAAGGGAGGUGCCCAGAUACUGCAGGCUUGACUGAAGUGUGGACUCAGGAAGCCUUAAGACUGAGAAUCACCAUGGUUCUCCUGACAGGAGCUGUGAUGCUUGUUCUGUUGAAGAUCUUUUUACAACCUCCUCCACCGAUGCCCAGCCAACUUCCACUGCACUGUUGUAUUUAUUGGCUGGGUCAGGCAGGAGGGGUCAGGCAGGAGGUGCUGGGUUGUGUGCACUUAUUCAGUUACAGUGAAACGCAACUGUGAUAACUGCAAGUGACAAAAAGUGUCAGAGAGGAUUUGGAAGCCAUGGUUGCCUUCGAAGAAGGGAUCAUCCACAAAGGCCUGGUGUUUCCAAGGCAUGGAAAAAUCUUCUUAUCAACUUCCUGGAAUGUCUUCAGCGGGUUCAAAAUAGCGUUGUCCGUAGAUGGUUAAAAGCAUGGCUUCCACGAAUGUGGUUAAUAGUUUAAAUGGAUCGGUUUUUGGCUUUCUCUGACCACCUGUACAAAUGGGAACAGCCUCAAAGUUCCCUUUAAAAAUGUCUAGGUGUUUCUCUGUGUCUGAAGCAUUUUAAAUCUUUGUGAUUUGAAAACUAACGGUAGGGAGAAAUUUCUAGAUGCUUGACUUGACAGUGGGUGUAAUUCUGGAAGCUGGGUGCCAAUAUAUUUUUUAAAGGCUAGUAAGUAACAUUUUGUCUUUUUACUGUUUUUUUUCUGCUGACUCGAAUGUCACCGUCUGUCCUCCGGGCAGCUGCUAAGGAGCUGCUUUCCUUGGGUUAAAGUAGGGCACGUGUUGUAAAGCUUUUGGGAUGUUUACCCUUUUCGUCUGAUGUGGUGUUUGAAAAUGUUGAAUUUCAUUUUAAGUCACCGGACUUUUCUCUUUGAAUUAGCUCGUUAUCAGCAGAAAAUUAUUGGCUUCUUGCUAAUAUCUCUGGAUGAUCUUUCCCUUCACCAUCGCCCAGUGUUUGCCUGGUAGAACCAUGCAGCUGAACGAGGGGGGGAGGUGGAGCAUCCCAUGUAGGAGGGCUCCCUCUACGCAGACUCCCUGCAAACGGAAAACUACCCCAGCAGAUACAGACCUGCUGUAUUUAUUUUCCCUUUGACAUGAAAUUUAUGCAUAUAUAUUUAUAUGGGAAGGGGUGUUUCCAGCGGUGCAUCCCACCUGCAAUCUGAAUUAUACUCAACUCCGCCACCUCAUUCUGCUGCAUAUGGACGGCCAAGCUUGCGGGGGAGGGGGAGGGAAGAGGCUCAGCCGUGGAAGGCAACCUGGCUUCCACAAUACUCACGAGCUGUUGGUCCGGGGCAGAAAACCCUAAGAGAAGUCCCUGUUUUGCUUCACAGGCUCCACCUUUUCUCCCUCUUGGCCAUCUUUCCACGCAUGCACUGAAUCCUCUUUGCUGUACAUUUAUGAGGAGUUGUUGUGAGGAGAACAGACAUGCCCUGUUGUGUAAGCUGUUUUGAGAGAGGGGUUGUUUUAGCUUGAAAUACUUAACAAAGUUCUGUGUUUAAACCUCCAGUGUGAGAAUCUAGCCUUCCUGUUGCGAGGUUUGUUGCAUGACCUGUUCUAGAACAGCUAACCCACCUACCCCUCUUCUUCUCUUCCCCCUUUCGGGCCCUCUGUUGCAGAUGGCUUCACACAAGAAUAAACACACUGUCCAAAUUUGAAACCCUUUCACCUUUCUGAGAUGAAGGUAAUUGGAGGAGAACAAAAUUAAAAAAAAAUACAAUUGGUGACUAUUUGUUAGGUGGGAUUCAUAAUGUGUUUAUAUGCAGAAUUUCAAACCAGACAAAAGCAAAAACCGUAUGCGAUUGGUAUUAACUUUAUUAUCAACUGUAUAUGAUGUACAAAAAAUAAACACUCCAGAACUUG